CCGCAGGGCCCUGGCCUUCCCUGGGUCCCCGCUGAGCGCAGGGGACGCUGCGCACCCCUGCAGAGACUCGGCCCUCCCCUUGUGUGGAAGGCGCCCCCUGCAGUUGGGCCGCACGUGACCUUAGGCCUCGGGUAGUCAUUUGUAAGGUGCACACAAGGCCACCCCACCAUUGCCGGAAGUUGAAGAUAAAAUGCAGAAUACCCAAGUUCAGCGGAGCCUGCGUUUUUAGUGUUUUCUCUUUUUGCUCCUAGAACACUGACUCCUUCCGAGGGUGACUUUGCCCCCCGACCCUGGGUGGGCAUUUGGCAACAUCUAGAGACAUUUCUGUUGUCAGAACUGUGGAGGAGGGGGAACUUCUAGUGGGCAGAGGUCAAGGAUGCCACCCCACGUCCUACAGCACACGGGGCACCCCUGCGACAGAAGGACCCAACCCCGGAUUCCAGUAUCCCAGGCAGAGAGACCUUUCCUGGAGGCCACGAGAUGCUGGGGGUGGCCUGGGCCUCUCCAACACCAUGUACGCGCGGCUGGGGGAGAUCAUCAGCCUGGAUUGCUCCAUCGCCGUGACGCUGGCAGCACACCAGGCCAUCGGCCUCAAGGGCAUCAUCUUGGCCGGCAGCGAGGAGCAGAAGGCCAGGUACCUGCCCAAGCUGGCUUCCGGGGAGCACGUGGCCGCCUUCUGCCUGACGGAGCCAGCCAGUGGGAGCGAUGCUGCCUCCAUCCGGACCAGGGCCACAUUAAGUGAAGAUAAGAAACACUACGUCCUCAAUGGCUCCAAGGUCUGGAUCACCAAUGGAGGACUAGCCAGUGUUUUUACUGUGUUUGCAAAGACAGAGGUUGUUGAUUCUAAUGGCUCAGUAAAGGACAAGGUCACAGCGUUCAUAGUAGAGAGAGACUUUGGUGGAAUCACCAGCGGGAAACCUGAGGAUAAGUUAGGCAUCCGAGGCUCCAACACCUGUGAGGUCCACUUUGAGAACACCAGGGUGCCCGUGGAAAACGUCCUCGGAGAAGUUGGAGGCGGCUUUAAGGUGGCCAUGAACAUCCUCAACAGCGGGCGGUUCAGCAUGGGCAGUGCCGUGGCUGGGAUGCUCAAGAAACUGAUUGAGAUGACCGCCGAGUACGCCUGCACGAGGAAACAGUUCAACAGGAACCUCAGCGAGUUUGGCUUGAUUCAGGAGAAGUUUGCCCUGAUGGCUCAGAAGGCUUACGUGAUGGAAAGUAUGGCCUACCUCACUGCGGGGAUGCUGGACCAGCCGGGCUUCCCUGACUGCUCCAUCGAGGCCGCCAUGGUGAAGGUGUUCAGCUCCGAGGCCGCCUGGCAGUGUGUGAGCGAGGCGCUCCAGGUCCUCGGGGGCUCAGGCUACAUGAGGGACUACCCGUACGAGCGCAUCCUGCGCGACAGCCGCAUCCUGCUCAUCUUCGAGGGAACCAACGAGAUUCUCCGGAUGUACAUCGCCCUGACAGGCUUGCAGCAUGCCGGCCGCAUCCUGACUGCAAGGGUCAAGCAGCUUAAACAGGGCAAUGUGACCACCAUCAUGGAGACUGUCAGCCGGAGGGUUCGGGACUCCCUGGGCCGAACUGUGGACCUUGGGCUGACAGGGAAGCUCGGAGCCGUGCACCCCAGCAUGGAGGACAGUGCCCACAAGCUCGAGCAGAACGUGCACUACUUCAGCCGCACGGUGGAGACCCUGCUGCUUCGCUUUGGCAAGACCAUCGUGGAGGAGCAGUUGGUCUUGAAGCGCGUGGCCAACAUCCUCAUCAACCUGUACGGGAUGACGGCCGUGCUGUCGCGCGCCAGCCGCUCCAUGCGCGUGGGGCUCCAGAACCACGACCAUGAGGUUCUGUUGGCCAACAUCUUCUGCACGGAAGCUUACUACCAGAAUCUCUUCGCUCUGUCUCAGCUGGACAAGUCUGACCUGCGGAGGGAGGAGCGCGGGACUCCACGCAACUCUGAGCACUGGCACCCCACACCCACCGUGCUGACGCGGCUGUCACCGCCUGCAGAGGGGAUGAUGAAAUGGCUUCUCCAGCAGAUUCUCCAGAAAAUCUCGAUGAACUGAUCAAGAAAGUGUCCCAGCAGGUCCUAGAGAAGCGAGCCUACGUCUGUGCCCACCCUCUGGACUGGACGUCCUGAAGCAGGGGGACAGCAUCCCUGCUGCUGUCUGCCUGACACACGCCUUCCAGAAGGUAGAGAACUUGCUUUAUUACAAGCUGACCAAGUUCUCUGACGGGCUUUCUCCAGGCCCCCGUGGGCACUAUUGCCUGACACGAUCCCGGGCUCUGAGCCGACACGGGGAGAGCGCGGAGCUGCUGAGACUCGCCUCACCGGGAGGCUUCGGGGUGGAAGCUGGCCUGGGGUGGUAGGGCCGCGUCUCAGCAGGGUGGCCAUUUCUGCCAGACCACACGUUCUCCAAGAAACAGCUUGAAAACCA